AUGGAUCCCGUAUCGGCCGCCGGCUUGGCCAUCAGCGUUGCAUCCAUCGGCCUACAGGUCUACACUGGUUGCGUGCAAGACUCAGGUAUUCAGCUGCUCAUCACAGCCAGGAACUUCCCCGACGACUGCAAGUUCCUUAAUCUGCGGCUGCGGAUGGAGCAACAGAGGUUGUUUGCUUGGAGUGAGACGUCCGGGCUUCUCGACCUGGACAAGAAUCAGCAGGAAAAGGUCCUCGGUACCAACACCUUCAUGCUCCACCGGACCACGGUUCUUGACCUCCUGGUCCAGGUCCAGUGCUUGUUCAAGGAGUUUGAGGAGCAUCAGCGCCGCAACGGGCGGCUGAAGCCGGCCUCGGACCCGGACACGGUCCUCGAACACCCCGAGAAGGACGCUGCCGCCGCCAACUUUCCCUUGCCGGAGAGGCGAAGGGACUUCAUCAAGCGAGCAAUGGGGAAGCUCAAGAGCCAGUCCCGAGAGACCUUUCUCAGGCUAAGCUGGGUCUCUUUCGACAAAAGCGCAUUCGAGAUCCUCUUGUCUCGGUUCGCUACCCUGAACGAUAACAUGACCGACAUCUUGGACGCCCGUCUGCAGGUGGAGAUCCGCGAUACGGUGCAAGAUACCAACCGAGGGGUCUUGCAGCUGCAUCAUCGCAUCGCAGACCUGGGUCGGCUCGUGAUGGCGCUGAACCUGAAGCUCGAGAACACCGCGCCGGCGAGCAUUUCGUCCAUGUCCAAAGCUCAGCGGGAGAAGAACGCGGACGGCCUGGAGCUCAUCUCCAAGCUAGCCAAGUUCAAGGCCUUCAACGAGUCGAUAGAGUAUGAGAAUCAGCAGCAGCAGCAGCAGCAGCAGCAGCCGUGGGAUGAAGCAACGGCCAUGUCUUUGGAGCUAGGGAAACCGGCGCAACGGGAUAAGCUCGUCUUGGACAGAGGAAUAAUCACACUGCUCGACGAAGAACCCGGGGAAUUUGAUCAGCCGAGGUGCGAGGCGACCCUUCGCACCGCUGACGGGUCCAGCAAGAGAGUGUGGAUAGAAUGGAAGGAAUACGACCGCCAAAAAGCCGGGGACGAGUCGCCCCCGAGAACGGUCAUUAUUGAUAGGGUAGGCAAGCUUGCCGCCUUACUGAACCACAGCCCGAAACCCGAGGCCUUCCGAACGCUGCAUUGCCUCGGCUUCUUCGACAUGCUAGGCCCCGAAGAUGACGCGCCGGAAGACGACAGCCUGGACAGGAAGCUGGGCCUUGUUUUUGAACGGCCCAGUAGCGGUGAUCUGCACCCGUCCCUGCCUCCCGUAUCACUGCGCGAGCUCCUCCUACUCGAGAGGAAACCUCGCGUCACGGAGAGAAUCAAACUGGCGCACGCCAUCAGCAAUUGUCUCUUGUACCUUCACGCCGUGAACUGGCUUCACAAGGGGCUUCGCAGCCACAACGUGGUCUUCUUUCGAGCCAAGGGCGGCCGCGUCAACUAUGCGGAGCCAUACCUAACUGGGUUCGACUAUUCGCGUCCCGCCCGGAGCGAUGAGGCAACAGACAUUCCCCAGGACGAUGCCGAGUACAACCUGUACCGUCACCCCCAGGUGCAGCUAACGAACCCCGCCGAGAGGGAACGGUUCAAGAAGAGCUUCGACAUAUACAGCCUCGGCGUGCUCUUUGUCGAGAUCGCUCACUGGGCGCCGGUGGACGUCGUUCUCGGCUACGACAUCAGUCGGCGGCCCAGUCUCGCCCUAAAGGUCAGAGACGCUCUCCUCGCCGAGGACCGUGUCGCCGACCUCGGCGCCAGCAUGGGGGAGCUGUUCGAAGAGGCGGCCCGGAAGUGUAUCGCAGGCGGCGAGGCUCUGGGGUUGACGGACGGUGACUUUGAGACGCAAUACGAUGUGGCGGCGCGGCUCUCGAUGCGGUUCUACGAGGACGUGGUGAAGCAGCUGGAUGGCGUGCGCGUUUAG